AUGGAAGAAAAGGAAAGCGCGACCUUCCCUCCAGACCAAGAGAGAUGGCUGAGCUCUGGUCACAAGAUAUCCAGCAGGCCUAUCCAACAUGCAACAACCAAGUUCUACAAGCUUGCGAGAGACAUCAAGAUCAUGAAGAAAAUAUGUAAGAUCUUAUGGGAAGACCUGCAGGAACAGAAGAGAUUAGAGACUGACGACAUGACUUCUAACAAGAAAUGUUCCAAACCAUCCUUCAACAUCAACAAGUUCAGAGCUUCAAAGGAUAACUUACCUCUGAGAGUAAUCCAAAUAACCCGAAAGAGACCAGAAUGGAGAACAGAAGAGGAAGUGAAAUUUGUACAAAGCUGCUUGCAGGAGAUAGAAAGCUAUGGGAGUUACAGCUUGAGACUGCAAUUUCUUCUGGCUAAAGUGGUUCGCUUUGAAUGGUUUGAACGUGGGCGAGUUAUCCUGAAGAAAGGACAGUGCGGCAUUAGCUUCUACUUCAUUUACUUCGGCAGCGUUGCUCUCACAGAUGAUGAGGAUGGUAGGAGCACCUUGACUGCACUGUAUCCUGUGGUGCUUCAGAAGGGGGCAAAGUUUGGGGAAGUUUCUGUAUUGAAAGGAACAAGGAGAGUUGCUACAGUUGUCUGUCUGGAAGACACAAAGCUAUUUGUGGUAGAUAAGGAUGACUUCUUCGCUAAUCAAUUAAAUGAAGAGCUUCAGGAAGAAUUAUGCUAUCGAUAUAACUUCAUCAAGGGACCUGUGAAAUUUUGCGUCUGGUUGAUCUUACUGCUUGCCCGUCCUAUCACAAAUGGAUCUGUCGACAGCUCACACACCUUCCCAAGGUCCCUUGUCUCACCAGGAAAACUGACAAGGACUAUUUUGACACCAUGUGGAAAGUUACCUGCUGAUCUUGCCUUAACGGUUUACAUGAGAGUUGCUGUAAUUCAUGAAGGAGAAAUUGUGGGCAUCAGCCAGCACUUCUUCCCUGACCAUAUGCAAGACAGGCGGAAUAUGGUUUUGGUCAGUAAGGAUGCUGAGGUCAUCUGGCUGAGGAAGGACACCUUUGAAAAGUUACUAGAUUUAGGAAAAGUUCUUGAAUUACACAAGCGCUACCCUAGGUGAGU